AUGGCCGCGGACCUGGAGACCUUCCUUCAAGAGGAGGUCGGGGCCAAUGCUGCCGAGGAGGAGGAGGACGAGUAUGCAGAUGUGGACUGGUGCGACCCAGAGGAGCUCGGCGAGGAAGCUCCGGACACACCCGCGGUAUCUUCGCCAGCAGCACCUGCUGCGGCAGCCACGGGAGCGUCUGAGACACCUCCCAGGAGCACCGGCGAAGCGAAGGCGAAAGAGCCGAAGCAGCCGAAAUCCUCGAAAGACUCCGAGGAGGCCAAGCGGCUCCGGCGGGAGGCCGUUCUUCAACACAGCGUUCUAUCCCUGUGCUGCGUCGCCCGCCUGGUGUGGCUGAACGGGAUGUGCAACCAGGAGCUCUUGCAGUCCUCUCUCCUUUCCCUUGCACCUGAGUGCUUCAAGGGCGGCGUGGGUGGCGCUCUGCAGCAUCUCAAGACACGUCUCCUCGCCCCAGCAGAUGCGAGCACGGGAAAAGACGCCGAGGUGCAGCCCAGCUUGGUGCGGCUGCUGAGAGCUUCGCAGGGCUUCUCUGCAGAUCUCAGCGCUGAGGAGUGGGUGCUCUUGCUGGUGGCUCGCUGCCGUGCUGAAGGCCGUCCUAGCCGCUUGGCCCUGCGCUGCCCCCUCCCGCCGGCCAAGUCCUGCUUGGGCCUUCUGAGAAAACCGGAAGAGGAGGCUGGCCAACUGCAGCUUUGGGCCGAAAUCUUCGAUCCGAAAGCGCAGCGCUGGCGGGGCCUCGUGCCGCAGGCCGACCGUCGCGCCCCUGGCGAGGCCCUCUGGGUGCUGGCGAUGGGCCCCCUAAACGACCUCUGGGACGUGACGCGGCGCUACGCGCGGUGGAGUGUGGCGAGCCAGGCGAGAGGAUCUCUGGCGAAGCCCUGGGAAGAGAUCCUACGAAGAUUUCGGUCGCCGGAGAAUCUCAAAGAGUUCCCAGGCCUGCAGGAGGCCAAUGCGUUUGAUGAAAAGCGGCUAGGAGAUCUGGCCUCCAAGGAGCCUCUUCCAAACUCCCGGGUGGGCUUCCGACACCACCGGCUGUAUGUGCUGAACUCGCAGCUGAAACAGAGCCAGAUUGUGCAGAAUACCAGCCCAGUCGGCUUGUUUCAGGGCAAGGAUCCCAUCUGGCGGAGGGAGGACGUGAAAGAGCUUCUGACAGCGAGCAAGUGGCGGCAGCAAGGACGCGUCAUUCGCACAGGGGAGCGGCCUACGAAGGUCCUUCGCUCCAACUCCCUCUUCUCCUCGCAGCUGUUCGGGCUUUGGCAAACGGAGGAGCACUCCGAGAGCUUUGAG